CGCUCCAGCCAAUCAGCGGCUGUCGGGGACACAUGAACGGUGAUAAUAUCCACAGAACAGGCUGCGAGCAGGAGGAACAAAGAAAGCCGCCCGUCCUUUCACUUCGUCAACGCAGGCAAAUGUCGACCUCGUCAUAGAAGUUUUCGCUUUUGUCGUAACAGUUCUCGCUACCCUGCCCAAGAGCCACACGUAAGUCCGACCGGUCGGUUUUGCCGAGGAAAGAGGAAACUUGGCGCCGUGAGAGGUUUUACUUGAAAUCGCCUUUCUCGAAACUGUCUUGCCUUGGAUACGCUGGCUGGAAGGGAACGUAAGGAAAUAACAAGAGCGUUGAUGUUGUGACCUUUGCCCUGUUGACUUGGCAGAGAUGCACUUUUCUCAGGACGCCUGAACUCAGAUGGAUUAAGAGGAGUGUGUGUCCCCCUGGCUGAAGAGAGCGUGUGUACAACAGUAUCUUUCCACCCAGGACCCACUGUGUUGCUACUGCUCCCAUGAGGUAACGUCAGGACCUACCACCCCCUCAUUACCACCCUUUUUCUAUCCAUUUCCCUCCCCUCUGUCCCUUCCUCCCUUGGACUUACCCAGCCAUGGGCCAGAAGAUCUCAGGCAGUAUAAAGUCAGUGGACGUACGCGGGGAGGCCUCAUAUCAGCCAGUGCGCCGUGAGCUGCGUGGCCCAGAUUUCUGUCGGCCCCCCAGGCUGGACUUACUGCUGGACAUGCCAGCGGCCAGUCCUGAGACUCAACUUCGACACGCCUGGAACCCUGAUGACCGGUCCCUCAAUGUCUUUGUUAAGGAGGACGACAAGCUGACGUUCCACCGACACCCGGUAGCACAGAGCACAGACUGUAUCCGAGGCAAGGUUGGCUACACCAGGGGCCUCCAUGUAUGGAAGAUUCACUGGCCGGCCAGACAGAGAGGCACCCACGCUGUCGUAGGCGUGGCCACUGCUGAAGCACCUUUACACUCAGUGGGCUACAUGGCCCUAGUGGGCUCAGACUCUGAGUCCUGGGGCUGGGACCUGGGUCGGAACAGACUCUACCAUGAUGGAAAGAACCGACCCGUUUCCACGUCGGCACCCACAUACCCAUGUUUCCUGGAGCCUGAUGAGUCUUUUGUCCUUCCAGACUCUCUGACAGUAAUACUAGAUAUGGAUGAAGGAACACUGAGCUUCAUGGUAGACGGACAGUAUCUGGGAGUGGCUUUCAGAGGGCUAAAGGGCAAGAGACUGUAUCCCAUCGUUAGUGCUGUGUGGGGGCACUGUGAGGUUUCUAUUCGCUACGUCAACGGACUAGAUCCGGAGCCCCUGCCCCUCAUGGACCUGUGCAGACGAGUAGCUCGACUGGCUCUGGGCCGAGAGCGCAUCCAUCACAUCGACACACUCCCACUGCCACAGACUCUCAAAAACUACCUCCAGUACCAGUGACCGUACACACACAUUCGCACAUACACAGAGAUGGGAGGAAACUGAAGCCCAUUUCUUAUUAUUGUAACCAGCCUCCAAACUGAACUUAAUCAUAACCAUCAGACAUCUGCUGAGGAUGUGGACCAUGGUUUGUUUACACCAGUUGGGGAUUUUCCAUUUUGGAUGUUUUCUAUCCCAUGGUUUUCAGUUUUUGUUUUUCUAUUGCUGACUGCUGUUUUUCUCCUGGAUAGUUGGCUAAAAUGAAGAGUGUGAUAUUAGAACAGAAUAUUGCAAUUCAGUUUCCUGCUAAUCAUAUAUAUAUAUAUAUAUAUAUAUAUAUAUACAUACACACACACACACACACUAUCAGUCAGAAAGGCCUUUAAUGCUGUGGGUUUGGGCAAUAGUUAACCAGCACACUCUGUGGAAGCUUCCUAGGAAACAUGUAUGUAUGUAUGUAUAUUUAUAUUCCCAGCAACACAGCAGGUUCUGUGGAGACACAACAAUCCCUUCAAGCCACAGGAGAGAGGGAGAGAGCAAGCAUAUGAGAGAGGAAGAAAGUCCACACGCAGUUCUAUAUUUGUUUGUGUAUACACUGUGUAGCGCACAUGGAUUACAUAUAUACUGUGUGUGUGUGUGUGUGUGUGUGUGUGUGUGUGUGUGUGUGUGUGUGUGUGUGUGUGUGUGUGUGUGUGUGUGUGUGUGUGGCUAGUGUAUAGAAACAUAGAACACACUGUCUGUGGUAAGAUGUCAACUCACUGAAAAGUAGGCAGUUCCCACCUACAGGCUACAAAACACAAUUCUAGUCUGUUUUGGCCAUUUUGAAUCCUUCUUCUCUGUCCUGCUAGCUUCUUUCUCUCUUCAUCUUUCUAUGUCUCUCCAUCACUCACUCCAGUUUGAUUCGAGCCUCCAUGCUUGCUGAACUCGAAGGACCACGCCUGCUGUUGUUGGCUGUCUAGCUCCUGUUACGCUGAUAGUGAUUGAUCUGAAGGUGAAGCUUUUAUGUCCCUGCUCUGAGACAGCAAACA